UCGGCUGCGGCAGCGGAUUUUGUAGUUCGGCUGUUGGUGGAAAUCGAUUCAGGUCUUGUGGGCAGAUGGCUGGGCUCAGGCCUGCCGGAGAAGCCUUGUCUUACAAAAUGGUAGAUGAUGAACUGGCACUAUUUGAUAAAAGCAUAAAUGAAUUUUGGAAUAAAUUCAAAAGCACUGUCAAUGACACCUCCUGUCAGAUGGUGGGACUAAGAGAAGCCUACAAGGACUCCAUUAAAGCAUUUGCAGAAAAGCUGUCUGUGAAAUUAAAGGAAGAAGAACGGAUGGUUGAAAUGUUUCUGGAGUAUCAAAAUCAAAUCUGCAGACAGAAUAAGCUCAUUCAAGAGAAAAAAGAGAACUUAUUAAAGUUGAUUGCUGAAGUAAAAGACAAAAACCAGGAAGUGGAGGCACUGACUGCAAAUAUCCAGGAUCUUAAGGAAGAAUAUGCUAGGAAGAAGGAAACUAUUUCCACUGCUAACAAAGCUAAUGAAGAGAGGUUGAAAAGGCUACAGAAAUCUGCAGACUUAUAUAAAGAUCGACUUGGACUAGAAAUUCGAAAAAUUUAUGGUGAUAAAUUGCAGUUUAUAUUCACUGAUAUUGACCCUAAGCAUCCUGAUCACCCAUUUAUGUUUUCCCUGUGCCUAAAUGAAGCAAGGGACUAUGAAGUGUCAGAUAGUGCUCCUCAUCUUGAGUGCCUUGCAGAAUUUCAAGAAAAAGUAAGGCAGACCAACAAUUUUUCGGCUUUUCUUGCCAACGUUCGGAAAGCUUUUACUGCCCUGGUUUAUAAUUGA